UUUAAAACAAGAAUACUUCCUGAAUUCUUCAUAACCACAGAGAAUUGACAUGAGCCUAAGACUUAGAAAUGGGGCAGCUUCACAUUGUCAUAAUGAUUGGAUUUUUCACAGUGAUUGGUGGAGCACAAAACCCAACAAGUCCAGCUCCACUUCAGAGCCCUUCCUAUCUGAUCUCAGUCUCCAGAGUGCUACGUUCUGGUGUUCCAACUAAAGUAUCCAUCACCAUCCUUGCCAAAUCAUCAGUUUUAGUUAUCUCUGAGAUAAUGCAAGGCAACAACAGCCUGGGCCGCGCUCAGACCACUGUCGAAGGAGGAUCCACUAAACUGCAAGUGCUGCCUCCUAUCCCUGAGAAUGAUUCCAGCUACUGGUACCCCUAUAAGCUGAUUGUAAAUGGUUACAUUGGACAGACUUUGGUCUUCUCUAAUUCUACCAUGCUGCAGUACAGCCCCAGGAGUGUGUCUAUCCUGCUACAGACUGACAAACCCAAAUACAAACCAGGCCAAGCCGUAAAAAUCCGGGCUCUGGUCAUAACCCCUGAUGGCAAACCAUGCAACAAACAGAUAGACAUCAUCAUAAUGGAUCCACGGGAGAAUCUGAUCCGUCAGUGGCUGGCUGUAGACACUUUCCUCGGAGAGACGGCUAAUGAGUUUCAGCUCUCUCAGAACCCUCCUCUCGGGACGUGGAAAAUCAUAGCUACAGUGAACGAAGUCACUCAGGAAAAAAUCUUCACUGUCAGUCAUUACGUGUUGCCUAAAUUUGAGGUUCUGCUCGACACUCCUGAUGUUCUUUACUGUGAAGAGAACCUGACAUACACUGUUACUGCACAAUAUCUUUAUGGAAAGCCAGUUGCUGGGAAAAUGUCAGUAGUAUAUGUUCAUAGCUUCCAUGGUAUAACAUCAUCUCAUGAAGAUUGGAAAAUGAUUGACGGAAAAGCUGAAUUAAGCUUUGACGUUCCUUCGCUGUAUCAGAAGAAGAAGUCAGCUGACUAUAUGUCUCCUUUUUAUGAAGAAUUUGACACCAGUGACUACAUCGACAUUAACGUGCAGGUCACAGAACUGCUGACUGGUGUCACAUACAACAGCUCUGCUCGGGUUUCUGUUGCGAUGUAUAGAUAUAAUCUGGAGUUUCAGCAGUAUCCGUCCACCAUAAAGCCGUCUCUGAAAUUCUCUGCCCAGCUAAAAUUGUCCACCUAUAACCGCGGUCCGCUGACAGCAGAGGACCAGAGUCGGAGUGUGACUCUCACUGUGAGUCAAGAGCAUCUCACUCCAUGGACGCUGGAAUGGGAAAAUUCGGCAAAUUUCAAAACCCGGAAUUCCUCUCAUUUGGAAUUUAUAGCCUCGACUUUCAUUUACCCUAAUGGAAAUAUUUCAGUGAAGAGCUUACAACUUCCUGUCCCUGCUGAUGGAGUCAUCCCCUUCCAGAUCGAGCUCUCUGAAAACGUGGCUAUGCUAAAAAUAGAGGCCCAAUAUGAAGACAUUCAAAAGAGUCUACAGCUGUACAGAAGAUACUCGUCUCCUUCUGGAACGUAUAUACAGCUGAGAAGCAGAAGUUCUCCACAGAUUGGGCAAUCCCUCUACAUGACUGUGGAAAGCAAUUUCCCCCUAACUGAAUUCCACUACAUGGUGAUAUCACGAGGCCAGGUGGUGGCUGCUGGGAAUGUGACUUCCUCAUACUUCUCUCUGUCUCCUGAUCCGUCAUGGGUUCCACUGGCGAAUGUGCUAGUGUACUGCGUCCUCCCUGAUGGCGAGAUUGUCAAUGAUGUGAUGGACGUUUCCUUCACAAAAAUGCUGCGAAACAAUGUGUCUGUAAGCUGGGCAAAAGAGCAUGCAGAGCCAGCAGAGAACGUGUCUCUGUCCAUCUCCGUAGCUGAGCCCAGAUCACUGGUGGGAAUCCUGGUAGUAGACAAAGCAGGCCAGGACUCAGACCGGAGCAACGAUUUCACAGAAAAGAGGGUGAUAGAGGAACUGGCUACUUACACUACGGAUGUGACUCUGAUGGACGGAAUGGAAAUUAGUGACCCACACUCUGUAUUCAUGGUGAGUGGCAUCACAGUCCUCACUGAUGCGAGCCUAAAUGCAGAAAACAGCUACGCCAGGCCUGAAUUACCAGGAGAGGGAUUUCCAAUGCUGCUGACUUGGAAAGAGCAGGCAGACCAGGAACCCCGUCAGCGUCGGAAUUUCCCUGAGACCUGGCUUUGGCUCGACACCACCAUGGGUGAAUCUACAACAGCAGCUUUCACACUCACUGUACCAGACAGCAUGACCUCAUGGGUGGCCACAGCCUUCGUGAUAUCAGAGAAUCUGGGGUUGGGACUCAGCGCGCCUGCAGAGCUGCGUGUAUCUAAAGACUUCUUUGUGUCGUUGAAUCUCCCUGCGUAUCUGGUCCGAGGUGAGCUGCUGCUGCUGGAGAUCAGCCUUUUCAACUACAUGGAUCUGGACCUGGAGGUGCUCGUGACAGUGAAUGAGAGCAGUAUGUUUGAGUUUGUGACCUCAGGUGGUGACGAGUCUCUGUUAGCAGGCAUGCGUCAUGUGUCUGUAUGGAGGCAGAAGAGCGCCAUGGUGUUGUUCGCCAUCAGAGCCACCCAGCUCGGUCAGAUGCCCAUCUCCGUCAAGGCCAUGAGCUUCUACGCCUCAGAUUUGGUCUCUCAGACAAUCUUGGUUAAGCCAGAGGGGAGGCAGCAGUCGUUCACUCAGACACUCUUUCUGGAGUUUGAUGCAAUGACAACGUCUCUGUCCAGAGAGGUGGAGUUUCAUUUCCCUUCAGCAGCUGUGCCAGGCAGUCUGAGUGCCCAGGUCACUGCGGUCGGUGACAUUUUGGGGCCAUCCAUUAGUGGUCUGGACUCUCUGAUUCAGAUGCCGUACGGCUGUGGUGAGCAGAACAUGAUCCACUUUGCACCGAAUGUUUACGUACUGCAGUAUCUGAGCAGGUCGGGUCACACGGAUGAGGAAACGCGUGCUAAAGCACUGAGCUACAUGACACAAGGCUAUGAGCGUGAGUUGUCGUAUCAGAGGAUGGACGGCUCUUUCAGUGCUUUUGGAGACAGUGACCCUUCUGGCAGUACGUGGUUAUCAGCGUUUGUGCUGAGGUGUUUCCUCCAGGCUCAACAGUUCAUCUUCAUCGACACAGCGAUCCUGCUCAGGACGACGAACUGGCUGCGGGCCCAGCAGAGGGCUGACGGAUCCUUCGCAGAGCCUGGACGGGUUAUACACACUGAGCUGCAAGGAGGACUGGACGGCCCAGUGUCCCUCACUGCUUAUGUCCUUAUGGCUCUUCUCGAGGACGUGAAAUACAAGCAUAUGUAUGACAGUGAGGUAUCUGCUGCCAUGAGCUAUCUGACCUCCAAACUGAACCAAGGUAUCUCCAGUAACUACAGCCUGUGUCUGGUGACUUACACACUGACUCUGGCCAAAAGUCCAUCAGCUGCCAUCGCUCUGACUAAGCUGAUGAGCAGAGCCCAGAUGCAUGAUGGCGUGCCCAUGUGGAGCACUGGUGGAAGCGGCGUGUCGGAAUCGUGGCAACCGCGCUCAGCUGAUAUUGAGAUGGCGUCCUACGCUCUGCUCUCUCUGUACAUGCUGGGCAGUGUGGAGCAAGCCCUCAGCCUCAUGAAGUGGCUCAGCCAGCAGAGGAACCACCUCGGAGGAUACGGCUCCACACAGGACACGGUGAUCGCGCUGCAGGCUCUAUCGGCCUUUGCCUUGCUGAGCAGCACAGAGCAGAUCAACCUCAACAUCACAGUGUCGACGCAGACGGCCACAGUGGCUACGUUCAGCAUAGACCGAACUAACUACCUGCUCUACCAGAGCCAAGAGAUUGAAGCUGAAAAGCAUCUUCAGUUCCAAGUGACAGCUGUAGGAAGAGGAUUUGCGCUGUUCCAGCUUACAACAUUCUACAAUGUAGAGACUCAAGAGCUGUCACGCAGACGUCGUGCUCACACCUGUGAGGCCUUUGACUUGUACAUACAUGUUAUGGACAAAGACAUGUACAAUGUCAACGUUUAUAUAUGUUUCCGGUUGUGUGAGAACCAGGAGCUGAAUCAGACAGGAAUGGCAAUUCUGGAUGUUGGCCUACUCACUGGCUUCAGUUUGGCUCAAAGUGGCGUCCCAAUAAACGAGCAGGUUAGAAGAGUGGAGACGUCCCCAGGAAAAGUCAUCCUGUACUUAGACUCGGUAACCAAAGCUGAAACCUGUGUUGAGAUCCCAGCUACACUGGAGUUUAAAGUAACUGAUGUUCAUGAUGCAGUGGUCACUAUUUAUGACUACUAUGAGCCAAGGAGGAGGGCGGUGGGGACGUACACAUCCGAGACCAGAAGAGACAUGCCGUUUUGUUUUUUCUGUGGGGAAGACUGCUCUCAGUGUGCCGAUUUGGGGAUCUCAGUGUUUGACGGCAUUAUUUCCUCACACCUUCAGCAGGGUUUGGUUCAGAGCCUGGCUUUGCUGCUCCUCAUCACCUUCUCACUCUGCUUCUAGAGAAGAGGUGGCUGAAACCUCUUUUUGUAUUAAUAGAUAUUAAAAAAACAUUUCUGUAGUGUAGUAAGGACUAGGAAACCCCUAUGUGAAAUAACAAUUCAGGACUGUAAGGUUAAUUUGCACUAAGUGAGUACUUUGAUGCAGAAUAUCUGCAGUCAUUGAAGAUAAUCAUGUAAAUUAACUUUAACUUUAAAAAAAUGAAGCCUUCUAAUAGCAAAAAUAAUUCAUGAAAAACAUCAGCACACAAAACAGUGUGUUACUGUUAUUAUCAGAUUUCAAAGUUAUACCAAGCUUACUUACCAUGAUUUAAAAACAGACGCUUUGUAUAUAUAUUUCUUUACUAAUUACUGAAUGACAGUAAAAAAAAAGUCAUUUUAUAUAGUUUACAUUUUUAGUGCAUUAUUAGUACGCUCUAUAGAUGGUUGUCUCACACUUUUCUUGUUGCAUUUGAAUAGAAAAUUUACACUCAUUGUAGGCAAUAAUUCCUUUAUAUAUAAAUGAAACUGUUAGUUUAAUUGCUACUUUAAUAGUUAGAGGUAAUGAAGCAUAUGAAGAGUAUCCACCUAGCCUAAACUGCUAUUUAUACUCCUUGUAUGAAGUAUGUAAGUAUGAGGAGCACUGAUUCAGAAUUCUAAUACAAAUUUUGACAGCCAAUCAGAAAUUAGUAUUUUGUGGUAUGAACUGUAAUUACCUACAAACUGUAAUUAUUUACAAUAAUACACAUCAUAAUGAAGGACUAUUGCCUGAAUAUGUGAUGUUAUUUCUACAUUCUAUAAUAACGCCCAUGUAAGUACAUGUAAGUAGUUACACAGGAGUGGACAAAGCAAUAGCCCAGACACACAGGACAACAGAUUUCAUGUGCAGGCUAUUUAAUAAAAAACUAUAUAAUUGGUUGGUUCAACAAGCAGAUAAAGAAAGAACACUUGAUAAUAAUGGUUUUAUUUGCAGUGUAGGUGUGUUUAAAUGCUGCUGUAACUAUAGCAUGCGCUACUCGUUCUGAAUCCCACCACCUGCUGCACUACACACAUUGGCUGAGGCGUGAUCUGGAUGUCAGUAGGCGGAUAAUUAGAUUGCACAGAUGACAGAAGAUCGUUUCAGAAUCAGUAACAUGCAGGUAUGUGGAAAUACUGACGAAACAGGGCAAAAUAAAGUGUAGUGAAAUAAACGUCAUACUGCUAUAAGUAACACUCAUUGAGAGAAAAUAAAACAAAAUAAGAAGAUAAAAAUGAUAAAAGCCAGAUUCGAAUAAUAUGUUUUACAUCUGAUGGAAGGUCAUCUCACAGUCAAAAACUCUGACCAACGACUUACUGAAUUUUUGUUGAGGGAGUAAAUCCGUUGUGCUACGUUAGAAACUGUGUUAGAAGAAGAUAAUGAACGUUUGCUUCCUCCAAUCUGUGUUGCACUUAACUAACUAACUAGCUCACAACACUUUAUUACACUGUGUUAGCUACCAUUUUUCAGUCUUGUCAACUAGGUUUCCAGGCAGCUAGAACUCGGGACUGGGCACUGAAGCAUUUACUUGCGUGGUGGGCUAAGGAAUAAAUUUAUGAUUUGUCCACCCCUGAUUAGAGAAAGUUUUAUGAUUCUUCAGCUGAGUGUCCCCUGGCUCUUUUGAAGUGCCCCAAAGAUGCUGUGAACACAAAUAUCAAAAGAUGUGCUCCACAUGGUGACUUCCUGACUGGGAAUGAAUCACUUUAAUGUCCAGGCUUCCUGAGACAUGUUUAUAGCCAGACACUGAGAAAGAGAACUAUCUAGAAUGAAAGAGGAAGUCAAGGGCAAAGACUAGCAAGACAUUUUAGUUUGCUUCAGAAUUCUACGCACAUACAUGUGAUUGUGGUCCAAGCUGAUGUGUCGCACCAUAUGGUUGAGACAGGAGUGUGUCUGCAAUGAGAGAAACAGUCUGCAAUGUGACUUUGUAGCUUUUCUUGCGAUGCUGUGCUCGAAGUGCUUGAAAGAGGCCAUUACCUAAUGGAUCACUAGCCUCUUGUGGAUGAUGGAGUAAGCUCGGCCUAAAGGAAAACAUGUUCCCGGGUUCCUCAUUCAUUCUUUCAAAUAAACACUUAUGUCCACGAGCAAGCUCAGUAAUCACUUAAACUUUACAGCAUGCCAUUUAAAGCUUAGGAGGAUUUUUCAACAGCUCUCAAGACUCUCUUAGAGUCAGACCUGUGUUCUUGGUUAAAUCCACAUGUUCUCGAAGUGAGGUUAAAGUCAUGCAACGCCAUGGUGUUAUAAUACACACAAGAUGUGCCGUGAGUCAUUAGCAAAGAGACAUCAGUACUUUGUCAACUUUAUUAAACACAGACCAUUUUUUACAAGGAUAACUUCUGGAACAAAUGCACUGAAAUUAGCUAACACGUAGACUCUGCUAUGCUACUUCAUUAGCAUCACAUUUUGUGGUUUGGGAUAAAAACAAUACAAUGCAGGAAUCCAAGAUUCCAGCAUAACCCACAGUACGUCGCUUAGUUCCAUUAAGUCAUCAAUGUGGUUGCAAUCGUGUGCUUAUAACCACAAGCUUUGGGAAAUAAUGAAAUGUGAAUGCAUGGAACCUAUUGAGUGGAACAGAGCUGAAGCUUGUAACAUAGGCACUACUGUGUAGGAGAUAAAGCCUGUGGUGCUUUAAUAUUGGGGUUCAUCCAGCAGUUCUGUCUUAACUGAACUUCCUCUGUCUGCCUCCGUUUCCUUAAAGUGGGAUCAGACACAGAUGACAAAGUGAUAUAUAAACGUAAGUCCUACUGACACACAAUCCAGAGAAAGCUUAAAUAUUUAUUUCUAUGUUGUAAAAUAUAAGGAAAGAUGAUUGAUAUGCGCUAUUAGCAGGCUGAUGGAUGGGUACUGCCUACUGACAAAAUACUGGAGCGAGAUUUACUAUCAAUUUCCAAGCAUAGUAUCAAUUUCCACACAUGAAAUCUUACUAAAUUUAACUUAAGCAUAUUCUAAGUAAGGUUUAUCAAGGAUUAUUCUCAUAAAAUCUGUAAAUAAAUAUUACCUAGCAUUUUUAUAAGUAACUCAAAUGUGAGUUAAAUUGUACAAAUAAAGUAAAUCAAACUUGUUUGUUGUAAGAAAAUUCUACUUAUCUACUUUAUGCAAGAGAGCUUAAAUGGAUAAAUAAAUCUUAACGCUGUAAAAAGUACACUGCAAACUCUGCUCUCUUCCAGAUGAAGACAAUAGCUGUUUAUUUUCCAGGAAGUAGCAGAGGGCUGCUUAGCAGGCUGAGGGUGAGGCAAGCUCUGGACAGUAAGGAUAAAUUGCUCAUUUGCAAAUCUAAAUCUAUAUCCAGAUACAGGUGGGUCCAAAAGUGUGAGACCACAUUGAAAUUUCUUUCCAUUUCAAAUUGGAAAUAAACAGUUUUUAGAAUUUUGAAAUAUUUAAAACAAAGAAAGUAAAUUUUCAGUAUCUUGAAUAUUAAAUUAUAUUAAGUAAUUAGUGAUACUGACCAUGAUAACUGCUUUGUACAAAAGGUCAGAUUUUUCCUCAUGUCUAAUCUCUUCUAUUGAAGCAUGUGUUCAGACGACACUCCGAUGGAUUCGAUCUAAAAUGGAUCAGUAGGUUUUGCAUAAACAUGUGGAGUCCAUGCCAGCUCGAGUGCAUACUGUCAUUAAAGCAAAAAGGGGACAUACUAAAUAAUAAGAAACUCUGAAAUUCAUGUAAAUAUUUCAAAUAUUCUACUUUUCACUCAAGUUGUUGUCAGUAAUAUAACUUGUAAUGAAAACUGUUGCAUUCAAAUAGAAAAGAAAAUAGAAGCAUUUUCACUAGUGCUCUCAGACUUUUGGACCCCACUGUAUCUGUAAAGUUGCUUUGUGACAAUGUUCAGUGCGAGUAAGAUAGGGGUGAUGUGGUCAGAUCUUCUGGUUCUAAUAAGGACUCUGGCUGCUACAUUUCGUAAUACAACAGCCUUAGGUCUUAAAGCCAACACAACACAGGAAAUAUUGAAAAUAUUUGUUCUCAUCUAUAAUGCUCAAUUAAAUCAGUUAAAGUUCUGAAUUGGAUGUUCUGACAAAAUCGGACACCUAAUCUGACACAAUGUCAAAUGCAAAUAGAAGUACAUCUGCAUUAUGAAGCUGAAUUUCCAGAUGUUUAGCAAUCAGUGUGUUAGAAGAUCAAAAAUAAAUAAAUAAAUACAUUGUCAUACACAAAACUGGAGGGCUGUAAGUCUUUCAGUAAAACUAACCUCUAAUCUUUCCAACAUUUUUUGACAAAAGUCUAUCGUCUCACUUUGUACCACAUUCAGAAAGUGUUGAUUCCUUUUCUACAACAGCAGCUCUGACAGUGUAGUGCCAUCUGUAAUUCAAAUCACAUCAUUAUAUUCUAAUACAUUAUCGUUUCCAUAGUAACAGCUCAAUCACAAGGACUUGUAUGACAAAUACAUCACAUAAUCUAAGGCUAAUAAUGCACAGAUUUUUUUAAAAAAUGUAUUAUUUAACAAAGAAAAAUGUAUAAUCAUUGAUAUGGUGAUGUUUUCUGUAAGGAGACGUUUAUUUAUCACUUAUGGAAGGAGUCUCUGGUGUCAGCACUUUGUAAUGGUCAUUAAAUUUUCCAUCACGGAAAAGUCUUCAGGACAGAGGAGUUUAUGGUUCCUUGGUAAUGUAACAAGUUGUAUUUUAUCAUGUUAUUAACUUAUUAAUAUCGAGAGAGAAAAAAGAGAGGUUGUUGAGGAAAGGUCUGUUUAUAACCCGUAUGAUGUAAGUUAUAAGAGGAAUUAAACUAUAACAGGAAUUGUCUUGCAGAUGAUGAAACACAACAACAUUAGAGGCAAUAAAUAGUUAAAAUGUAUGAAGUGACGUUCUUUAAUAAAAUUAAAAAUUGCAAUAGUUUGGCAAAUUGAUGUGAAAGGGGAAUAAAACACUGUUAUAGGAAAAUAAUGAAAUGAAAUAAUGAUAACUGUAACUCCACUUCACGCUGUGCCAUUUCAUGCCAUAGUACUUAAAUCAAAUUGUCUAGAGCAGCUCCAGAAGGUGUUGUCAUUGUCCUCAACUGCUGAUGAUUAACAUCCAAUAAUUGCUUGUGUGAAAGCAAGAGGUUGACUGCAUCACUAGCUGGCGCAGUUGAGAGCCUUUUAUAAACAUAAAAUCUAUUGAUCCCCAGAUGCCACAUUCCUAUUAAGUGAGCUGUGGAUUUGAUCUUUUAAUAAAUCACCCUGGAAACGUGUUUGCAUCAAAACACAGCAGCUUGCGUAAACACGACACUGAGCUAACCUCUGUAGUGAGCUCGAAGUCAUGGGAACGUAAACAUGAAGUCCUGUGGAAAACAUGCUGCUUAUAGCGUAAGCCUUUCUCUCAAAUCAAACACUUCUCCUCUGACUAAUUUCUGAUGUGAAUGUGUGCUGAGCAUUCAGAGCAAUCAAGUCAAAAGUUACUGUACACAAAGCACAGUAUCUAAGCUCCACUACAGAAAAAACUGCCCUUAUCCAUCCCCGAGCUGCCAAACACAAUCAUAUGACAGACCUCGGAUCUGAUUCAAAUAGACCAAAUGUUUGGAAGCAAUGGGGCAAGGCUUGUCAUCAUCUGACUCCUGGCAAUGCUAGAACCAUUCAAGCAAAAUUCAGAAACUGAGUCUUAUUAACAGCUCAUAACGGAACAGGUUUGAAACAAAACUGCACGCAGACAUUUCAAGGCUUCGGGACUGCAGAUUCUGGCUUCAUUUCUGACAACUCAUGGAGGCAGAAGGAAACUUUAGAAGAGCACACCUUCUGUUCCUCCCCAGAGGCAAUGAGGAAAUGAGUCACAAUUCAGCAUUUGUCUUUAAUUCAGACAUCAUGAACCCUGGCAAUAGCUUGGCCACUCUCUACUAAACCUGAUCUGCCACUAGGUGGUAGACUUGGUCAAGCCAAAUUUGCAUGACAUUGCAGACUACCAAGCAGACAUUAUGACCUCUGGUUAUGUCUCUGCUUAAGACCAUUUUAUAGAGAGUAAGAGAGUUGAGGAUUUCAUGGUUCAGCAAUGCCUACUGACCACGAGUUUACCCAGUGCCAAAGAAAACUGUUAUUAAAAAAAUAUACUGUGUUCAGAUUCCAGUCUGACAAGAACUAACCUUGGGGAUAUGAAGUCCUUCAGUCCUUUAGACAAUUAAAUAGAACGGAGUCUAUCAAAAAUGAAAAUUUUAGUUGCUUUUGAGAAGGUUUACUAAUUAAAACAGCUUCAUUUCUUCUCAAAAGCACUUUUAAAAGGUGAAGCCACAGUUGUAAUGAAGGCUUUAAAUGAGUUCAGUAACUUUAGAUUUUAGCCUCUAGCUAAUUUUGCUUGUCCAGUGGAACAAAUAAAUCGUCAGCUCACUGGGCAUGGACUUGGCUUUUAACGUGAUGUAUAAGUAAAAUGUGAUAAGUCAAGUAUUUAAGUUACAUCAAUACAGCACUUUUUCAUGACCUCAUGAAAAAGAAGCAGAUGCUGCUGAAGUGGGUGCAGCUCACUUCACCGCAUAAAAGAGCAUUCCUCAGUGCACCAGGAAGAGACAUAGCCAGGCUGAGAAUGCACUCAUUUUUGCUGAAGAAGAUCAUGGAAACAACAUGCACAGACAUGUGGAGCUUCCCUAGACAUGGGGGGAUGUUCUGGCUGACCCAAAUCAUUGUGGUGUUACUAGCUUAGCCAGCAGUAAACAGCAAGGUUGUGGGUGAUAUACAUGAUUGAUUAGCUUUCCAGCUCCAUCCAUAACCCUCAGGGUUCAGCCUGGUUAGUGUUUCAGGUCUUGUCUCAACCCUCACCACCUCUGCUGUAAUAUUAUUAUGAUGUAUAUGAUGUAAUGAAUGCGUGCUGGCUGAAGGUUGGGGAGAAAUGGCUGAGACAGACCAUUGCAGUAGCAUUACCACAUUCUCCCACAUUUGUAAUACUAGAGGUUUAAGUAGCCACAGAAGCGCUGUGAUGAUGGAAACUUCUCUUGCUCAUUUUCUAACUCUGUCGUUCCUUCUCGCUUACCCUCAUCUACUGACACUGUAAUUGUUGAAGCUUAAGGAACAGCAGAGCACUGGCUACACUCACAUUACAUUUGGUUGGAAGCUAUUUUUUUCUGCAAGAGAGGUGAUUUAUCAAAGCCAGAGGCCAGGUGUACAGAAAUGCUUUCCACAUUACAAAAUCUUUAAUGCUCAUCAGUGUAACCUGAGAUAUAACGAACAUGUCUUCCUUAAAACUAAUCCAAGUAUGAUUGUUUUUCAGAUUUAAGAGUCAUUGAAUUAUGUUCCAUUUUCUUCAUUGGUUUUCUUGCUGUCUUGACUAAGACUGAGAACUUCACCUCCUAUAAUAAGUCAAGAGUUCUAACAAAGUUCUACCAAAGAUCAUAAUCAGGCGACAAAUUAAAGGAAGAGGCGACAAAUUAAAGGAAGAGGCGACAAAUUAAAGGAAAACUCCAUCCUGAAAUUACUGUGUUGCUGCGCUUAGUGAUUCUGUUGCUAAUUUGUUCGUAUUUUUUCAUAUUUCCAUAAGAAGUUAGUGGUUGUGGGCUAUGCUGAGGUCACCUUCCUAGCACAGUUACAGUGGAGUUUGCUAGGAGAAACAAAUGCAAUGGCAUUGAUGGACAAAUGAUUUGAUGAGGAUGAAUAUGGUGUAAAUAAUAUGCUAUGGCCUUUUACAUUCACCAGAUCUCAACACCUAUGGGACAUUUAGACACUGUGUUAGACAUUGCACAACAAUCAUCAAAACACCAACUGAGAGAAAAAUAUAUUGGAGUGAAGGUGUUUAAUCACCCAGUACAGUUCCAAAGACGUGUAGAAUCUCUAACAAGGCACAUUAAAGCUGUGCUAAUGGCCCAACACCUUACUGAGUUAUUUUAUGUUAAUGUCACCCAUCUGUAUAUGCAGAUAUAUAAAAUUAGCUGUGCUGUCUGAAUAGAAGCCCAUUAGACUGAGAAAACCCUUCUGAAUUAUCUGAAUAUAAGCAUUUAGCUUUCCACAUUUAUCAAGUUUUUGAUUGGAUCUAGGCAAAUUCAUAGUUUUUUUUCCCCCAGAUCACUGGAUAUUAUUACGCAGCACAGGUAAAGCUCAAACAUUUGUUAUUUUGCUGCACUCAUAAUGCAAAACAUCUCAUAAACUUUCCAUGACUGUAAUGAACAAAUCAAAGCACCCAUGAUAUCAUUUCCUAUUUUUGAUCAUUUUUUUUCCAAACCAAAAUCUCAAUCUCAGGAUGUUGACUUGGAAUAGAAUUAGACUUAGAGAAGCAGGUUGUACUCCAUUAAAAUCAAAAAACCACAUUCAAUUUUGUUUCUUUUAAUGUUUCUGGUGUUUCUCUUGUACCAUUGGGCUUAAGUUCUUGCGCAAUCGGAGACGACAACCGCAUUUUACUGCAAAAGACGUGUGUGCAAAGGUUCAGAAUGAACAAAGCAUUCUUGAUGAGAAUAAUUACGCAUGUAAAUGAAGCGAACCAAAUGCUUCCCAUAUUUCAUAGUUUAUAAGGCUUGUUUUGGCCACGCAGGGCGUAGAAAACAGCUGCAGCUCUCUGCAUCUCGGCUUCUUAUGAAUUGCGAUUGUUUUUUUAAUGGAGUACUAUUGAGUUAUUGUUGAAUGAUCUUUAAUAUUUGCUCAGUGAGUAGUCAGCUCUCCCUUCUUUGGCAGCAAGUCAAGAUGAUGUAAUUUGUCGGUAAAGCCUGUAGGAAAAUUCUCAUUUAACUCUGGCACAAAACCAAAGAUGACCUUGUUCUGGACCAUUGUGAUGUUUUGUGUUUCUAUCACAAGUAUCCCUCUCAUCAGAGUCAUGAAAAUCUUGUCUUGGACAGUCGUUCACCAGCCGAGAUAAAACGAUGCAGUAGCAUUACCACAUUCUCCCACAUUUGUAAUACUAGCGUUUCUACAGAAGUGGUGUGAUGAUGGAAACUGUUUUUCUCACUUUUUCUCACUCUUCCCUUCUUUCUCCCUCACACUCAUUUAACUGACACUGUAAUUACUGGAACUAAAGGAACAGCAGAGUUCGGGUUACACUCAUGUUACAUUUCAAAUUCAGUGCAUGGCUAAUGAUUUUCUUCUUGACACCACACAAAAGACGCUGCAGCAUUUCGUCACUUAAGAAAGAUAGGUGAUUUAUCAAGGCCAAGUCUAUUGAAAUGUUUUCCACAUCAUAAUGUCUUUAAUGAUGAUCAGUGUUACAGAAGCCAUAGAGAACAUUACGUCUUUCUUAAAACUAAUUCCAAAGGCAUCUGUUUUUCAACUUUUAAGAUCCCUUUUGUUGUGUGCAGUAACAGCUGGUUGUGCUAUUAGAUGGGAGGGCUAAAAUCUAAUAUCUAUCAAUAGACACUGAAACUAUUAGGAUUGAGCAAUGCAUGAUAUCACUAGGUCUCAUCGAUGCCAUAAUAAGAAUGAUAUGUGGCAAACUAUUACACACACACACAAAAGCAGCUGCGUUCAUAAUUUGUGUGCUUCAAGUCUGUAAUGACCCAGUGGGUUCAUGUCAUGUUUCCUCCGAAUACCAAACAUGUUUUUACAGAAAGAACUAAUUCAUUUUUAUCUUGACUGAACAAUGUAUGCUUAGUCUACCUAUUUUGGUCAAACUAGUUUUCAUCUACUUUUGUCCAAUGAAUGAUCAAGUAAAUAAUUCACCUCAUGUUCAUUACACGUGAGUAUAUUUCACAUGUGCCUUCUCAAUCAAUGCUGAUGACAACUGAUAGCUGAUAGCCCCAGUCUGGAUUCUUCACAUCAUUCUGUGUAUUUUUCCCCAAGACCAUUGGUGGCUACACAACAGUCAAUCCACUUUAAGACAUUUGUCUUUGAAAGAUGCCAUCUAUACCACUUGCCUCUGAUCAUAGGCUAUUUUGUUCUUGUGACCUGCUAUCUUGACUGAGACUAAGAGCUUUCCUUACUAUUAUAUACUGUAUGUUCAUUGACAUUAAUAACAGAAUAGUAUUAAUUAGAAUAUUAGGAGCAGAUUCAUAUUCAUUAUCUACAUACACUAUAUUAUUUUAAGAUGCUGCAACAUGACUGAUUAGUGAGGUUAUCGGGAUCCAUGUGAAGUUUAUUGUGAAGAGACAGGGCAGUGAUGACGCAAUGGUUGAGGCUUUGGGUUACUGAUCAGAAGGUCAGGCUCCAGCACUGCCAAGCUGCCACUGUGGGGCCCUUGAGCAAGACUCUUAACCUUCAUGACUGACCCUGCACUCUGACCCCAACUUCCUAACAAGCUGGGAUAUGCAAAGAAAAGAAUUUCACUGUGUUGUAAUGUAUAUGUGACAAAUAAAGCCUUCUUCUUUUUUAGUGAAAUCAUUAUGUUUCAUGCCAACAGAGUCAAAAUCACAGUUCAAGUACAACAUCCAGAAACGUCCCAAAGAUCAUACACAAAAAGGUUAAGGCAGGCAAAGGCAAAUGGGUAAUCCAGAAAACUUGACUGCCUUUCUACAGAAGGCAUAAGCUGCAUUUUUCCUUGUUUUAGGAACUGUUCUCCAGCAUGGUCAAGGAAUAACCAUGCAAAACUGAUAACAGGUCCAAUUGAGGGAGGUCCAAUUUUAAGAAAAUGCUUAAACGGCAUUAUUUCUAGUUGUCUUGGCACAUGAUCAUUGUUAGGCAUGAGACACCAUCAGUUUUACAUGUUCAGUCCUAGUCAGAAUGGAUGCAAAUUUUCUUCUGUGACAGGAAUGACUCAUUGGGGUUGUGAGGAACUUCAGUAAACAGAGGGAUAUUGUUGUAAGAUGGCGUGACAGAUGCCUUUCUAACUAACCUGCUAAAACUCUUUCAGGAUUAUUCAGAUAUGAACAUGUGGAUUAUACAUGAAAGCA